UUCAUGCUAAAUGGUUUGCAGCCUUAUUUCCGCACCAAUUAGUGAAGAUGGGCUGAAGCAUAUGAUGAUCUGUCAUGUAAUCUUGGGAAGAACAGAGAUGAUACUUCCUGGCUACUGACAAUCAGGUCCAAAUGCUGGAGAUUUUGAUUCUGGUGUAGAUAACCAGCAAGCUCCUUCAAAGUAUAUUGUCUGGUAUCCAGAUGUCAAGACACAUGUACUGCCUCUUUAUGCGGUUACUGUCAAAAUGGAACUGAAUUUAGGAGCAAUGGCCAGAGAUAUAUUUACAUGGGAUCCCAUGACAAGCAUGUUUAUAUUUAUGAUGUGAUAAUGCGAGGAACACUUACAUAUAAUGCGAGGAACACAAGGUGCUCUAAUUGUAGCUUCAACACUUCAGACUUCAGUGGCCUUUGGCUUAAUGUCACUAGAUUUGUGAGUCAACUAUCAGCAGUUCCUUUAGUUGCCUUAUCCGGAUUUGGCCUCUAUGAGUUAGGCUUUCUCAGUGUUGCCAAGUGUAUUGAGAUUGAGCUUCCACAUAUAAUUCUGUUGAUAAUCUUUUCCCAGGUGACUGGAAACCAAGUUGCAAAAAUCACCUUUCAUAACGCUGUGAUUAGAGUCUGUAGCUGGCAUCCAUACUAUCAUAUGCUUGUGAGCUAUUCUUGGGAUUGUCAAAUUGCUAGAUGGCAAUUCUAGGGUUCUGAUGCAAUUCCUUCUGUUAUUGACAAUAAACGCCAUCGAAGGCAACAGCCUGAGCAAAGGACACUUCCCUGAUGCUUUGCGCUCUUCCUCGAGUUUCUGUUUGUUAUUUAUAAUAUCUCUUGGCAUUUAUAAUUUCUCAUGACAUGGUGUAAAUUCUUUGAUCAGAAGAGAAACUGACAAAGGGGAUCAACGUCAUGUAUUGCGAGAUCUUUAUCAUCUAUACUACCCUAGCUGAUGAGACCUCAAUUCCUUUGUAAAGAAUAUUUAAGUAUGAUUAUGGUGUAAAUAUUUGUAUGCAUCUUCUCUAUGAUUAUGGUGUAAAUAUUUGUAUGCAACUUCUCGGUGCAGUCAGAGUACAUUGCCUUGUAAAUAGAUUAAAACAAUGUAAGAAACCUGAGAAGCCAAAUCAUAUUUCUUGCUUUUUGUUA